AUGGAGCCUCAUGAUGUACCCCCUCCACCAUAUUCCGAAACAGAUAUCUAUGCGGCUUCUUCGGUAGAUCACCAGUCCAAUCCGGCAGCAACACACUCGCAUAUCUCUCAAGCCGACGAUGCCUCGUCAUCUCGCAGCAACAUUGUCUAUACGCCCCCAGAUACUCCCCAGGACUCUCAUCAUGCAUUUACGGGCGCCGAAGAUUGUCAGACCACGGCGUCUGCCCAGGUCUACUUUGAUGUCCGUUCUGCAGCUGACCAUUUGAGGGCCUCGGCGCCCAUCGUGCAUACCAUCAGCGUCUCCGACGACCCUUCUCCUGCGGAUUUCCCGUUUCCCAAUUGGGCAGCGUCCAGAGAUGUCAAUCAGCAGGACUGGCGCACGUUUAUCAAUUACCUUAUUCCGGAUUAUGCGGACAAGGCCAACUUUGGCAUCAUGGAUCGCAAAUUGCGGUCCGCGGAGAGUGACAGUCCAACGCCGUCCACAUCGGCAAGAGAGACUGCAGAGCCUCAGCUUGAUGAUCUGAAAUCUUCAAGUCUGAGGCGGCGUUUGACCAAUACUGUCAAGGAGUGGAACGGCGGUUUCUUUGGUCCCAGGGGCGUGAGCAUCAGACUCCUUGAGGAGACUUCAACCGGUGAGCCAAAAGCACGAAUGCCCAGUGGACGGGACAGCGCGUUUGAUGCCGGUGCGACAGAAAGGGUCGCACCAGCGGCUUCCUCGCCAGCAGCAGCCAGUGGACCGAUAGCACCCCAGGGAAGGGGAGGCUGGAGAGAACAGCUCUAUCAGCGAUUGGGCAUGGACAUCAACGAGCGCAGCCUACGGAUGGGUCCUCUCACCAUUGACGGCGACCGGGUGGCCUUUGGGAGCACCCUGGAAAUGGACAGUCGCGGCGUGCGCUGGCACGGGCGUGACAUUGCCGAGCAGUUCUCGGGAGGCCAUGACCGGGACCGCCACGCAGCAGGGUCGCGGGGCCGAGGGACGGGCCGCUGGUGGCACGACGGUAGCGGGCAUCCAGCUCGCCGCGGCGGGGGGCCUUUUGAUACCAACACGUGGGGUUCCAUUCGGCGACGAUCGCAGUCUCGCGGCUCAUCCAUGUCCGACAGCAGCACCUCGUCGUCCGAUUCAAACUCAACCAUAUCGUCCAUUGGCUCCCUGCCGGACUGGGACGAUUUGCGCGACUCGCAGAUCCCCGUGGUCAAGCAGUCCGUUGAGGCCUGGCUGGCGCACCCUGAUCAGAUUGUGACCAAGGCCGAGCUCAAGCGCGCAAAGUCGGAGAUCAAGGCCGCCAAGUCCCUCCCACAGCCCGCCGUGGCGUCUGACGCCCAACAGAGAGAGGAAAUCAAGAACCUCCUCUCGCGUUUCAAUGAUCUCAAGAAGCACCAGACAGCCAAUCUCAAGGCGGCACGAAAGCAGUCCAAGGCCCAGAAAAGGGCCGAGCGACGGACGAGAAGGGCAAGAGACCGUGGUGAAAAGAAGGAACAGCGCCGUCACAGGCGAGAACACAGGCGUGCCGAGCGUGAGCUCGGGAGGCAGCAGCGGCGUCACGGCAAGACGCCAGAAGUACCUGUCCGAGACCAGGCUCAACCACAGCAAACGAGCCAUCCGGUCCCGCCCAACGUGCCUGGUCCUCACGCAGUGCCUCCGUUCCCAAUGCCCAAUGAACAUCCCUACGGACCGAGUCCUUUCUUUGGACCAGGUCGAUCUGGGGGCCCCGGUCUCUCCUUUAGCGGUGGCUGGGGUCGAGGUCAUCACCAGUGGCAACAUCCGCACGCCGCGGCCGAGAGCAGUCGUGCCCAGGCUGAAGCCGCGCGGGAACAAGCCUUUCAAGCUCGCGUGCAAGCGCACGAGCAGGCCGUCCAGGCGCGCGCUCGGGCUCACGAGAUGGCCGUACACCAGCGAGCCAUAGCUCACGAACAAGCAGCACGCGCGAGGGCACAGGCCGCGGUGCAGAGGGACCUGGCCCAGUCGCAAGCGGCCGCUGUUUCGGCGGCCGCACAAACCCAGUCACAGGUGCAAACCUCGGCCGCGGCGCACGAGCGCUACGCCGCAAAGUACCGGGCCGCCGAGGCGCUGGAGCAGGAGAUGGAGGCCAAGAGAGUUGCGCUCCUGUCCCUGCAGGAGAGCGCCGAAGCCGAGGCCAUUGCUGCGGCCAAGGCUGGGAAGGGAGAUCAAAAGAGGGCGGGCCCGAGUCACAUGGAGCUGAAUGCGGAAGCAUUAGAGAGGGAGCUCGAAGACCUAGGCUGUCGCAUCGAGGAACUGAUCUUUGAGGCAGAUGAGGAAUUUGCAAAGACUCUUGAACAGGAGGAUAGGGACGAUAAGUCCAAGGUAAGAUGGGUGGAAUAA